CUUGGCUGUGCAGACACACAAGCAGCGCUGGAGCGUUUGAAUUACCAGCAGCAGACUAAAAAGCAAGAUGGACGACUACUAUUACCAUGACGAUGAGGACUCCAGCCUCAAUGACAGCUACGACUACAGCUAUGACCACUCAGUGUGCGACAAGAAGGCUGUGAGGUCCUUCGCGGGCGUCUUCCUCCCAGUCAUCUACUCACUGGCUCUGGUGGUGGGCCUAGCAGGGAACGCUCUGGUAGUAGCAGUCUAUGCGUCACGCUCACGACUGCGCACCUUGACGGACGUGUGCAUCCUAAACCUGGCCAUCUCAGAUCUGCUCCUGCUCAUCACACUUCCCUUCUGGGCUGCGGAUGCAGUGCAUGGCUGGAGGUUGGGCUCUGCUGCCUGCAAGCUCACCUCCUUCCUCUACAGCACCAAUUUCAGCUGCGGCAUGCUGCUGCUGGCAUGCAUCAGCGUGGACCGCUACAGGGCUGUGGUCCAGAGCACAGCGGGCAGGGCCGCAAGGGGGACCCAUGUGCGAAGACACUGGCUCGUGGUGUGCUUGGUAUUGUGGACAGUGGCUAGCUUCCUAGGUCUCCCGGAGAUUGUCUUCUCCACAGUCAAGCAUUCCCAUCACAGAAUGUACUGCACGGCCGUGUACCCGCUCAGCAUGGGCCGACCUGCGAAGGCUACGCUAGAGCUCCUAGAGGUCGGCCUCAGGUUUGUGCUGCCAUUCCUAGUCAUGGUGGUCUGCUAUUGCUUGGUGGGCAGGGCCCUGGGCAAGGUGGCAGGAGUCAGAAGGGACCGGAAGUGGCGGGCCCUGCGGGUUCUGUUAGCAGUGGUGGCUGUCUUCCUGCUGACUCAACUUCCCUACAACGUGGUGAAACUAUGCAGGGCGAUGGACAUCAUCUAUAUCCUGGUGACUGACUGUGAAGUCAGUAAGGGCUUGGAUCACGCCCUCCAAGUGACCGAGAGCCUCGCGCUGACCCACGCCUGCAUCAACCCGCUCCUCUACGCAUUUGUCGGCUCCUCCUUCAGGGGACACGUCUUCAAAGCUGCCAAACGUCUUGGUCAGAACCUUGGGCAGCACUCCGAAAGAGAGGCUGGCGAGCCGGCAGUAGAGAUUGCACUCACCUCUCGCAAUCAAAACCAAUCACAGUCUGGAUCAGAGGAACUCGACACCAGCACGUUUACCAUGUGAAGUGCACACUUAACUCGUCAACAAUGUGGAGAAACAACAAUAGUUUGUUAUUCCUAAAAAAAAAACAAAACAAAAAUGCACCAUGAUUGAGGUGUGCCACGUUCCAGUGUAGAACACAGAACCACUCCAGAGACGCCAUGGAACAUUCGCUGCUAUUGUAACAAAGAUGGCGAUUAUGCAAAACUGCAGUUACCUGGCAACUCACUAGUUCGAGCUUGGCACACUAAUUUCCUUUUGGGGAGAAGUAUCAGAUUUAGGAAAUCUAAGUGAGGCGGUAACCAUCUCUGUCAGUUUUUGACAUAGAAGGAAAUGAAAUGAUGAGAGAUUGACUGAGUCUUGUCCUUAAAGACUUUGUAAACAGAAGCUAACCCAGGGGUGUCCAUACUUUUUUACAGCAAGGGGUGCAUUGCAGUACAUUAAUUUGCAGUACAAACCUUCAAAUUUGUAAAAAAAAAAAAAAAGAUAUGGUUUUAAGUUGAGGGCUGAGUUUGUGACUUGCAAAUCUCUACCAAAAGGAGAGGGGGCAGUGUUUUUCUCAGAGUGAACAAGCACAACUCAUGUUGACUAGCUAUUUAGCUUCCUGUGCGAUAGUGGUGAAACUAGAGACUGAAACAACAUCUAAAUCAUUGAUAUAGGUACUAUAUCAGUGCAUAAUAAUAGCACACCACAUUUCACAGUUGGUAACAGUAAGAGUCCAUUAAAUUACUAAUUAUAUUAGUAAUUACAUGACACUAAAUUAAUAAUAUUGAUUAUAAUUACAGUAUAUGUAUAUAAUUCUAUUAUUAAAACAUAGUGAAGGCCAAUAAAAAACUGUGGGCAAUUAAACACUCCUGGGCUAAGCUAGAGUAUUUAUUGUGUUUUGUUAAUUAAAUUCAGUAUUUUCCCAAACUUGUACCCCGAGUUCUUGCACAAAAAAACAGAUGAGAGUGAGUACUGCUUUGCUAUGAUCUCAGUCAUGGUUGUAGUACUGCGCUGCAUCAUACUGACAAGUUUCUCUCAUGUAGCUGAUGCUAACAUGUCCAGUGAGUAAACGAAAACCAAAUGAGACUAUAAUGACAUUGUCGUAUUUAUCAUUCUUUCCAUCCUCAGUACCUGACUUAGUCACCCUCUUUCCACUGCACUGGAUAAACUUGUGGUUACACUGCAGACAUUUGGGAAAGAUCCCACUAGCAUCCCGCAUGCUGUUUACAGGAAAAGAAAAUCAUAGUGAGGGAACAUGUGAGAUGUCAAUUGGAAAUACAACCCAAAAGGAAACACUGGUAAGGCCACACUCGGCCCUUGUCAACAACGUCAAGAUGUUCUUUUGUUUUCAGUGAUUACGCAGAGAUUGAGAUGUUAUGACUCCCAGCAGAGACCACAACAUACGAGAAAACUGUCAACAUUCCUUCCUAUAUGAGAAAUUUGUGGCUGGGCAGACACACAAUUCCCUCUUCUAGAGGACAUUUCUCAGUCACCAGUGCUGACAGACAUCCCUAGCAACAAGGCAGAGAUGUGAAACACAAGCAAGCAAACAAAAAGGAACAUCCCAGGUCACAUCGGGGCGUCGGUCAGAGCAAAGAAAUGUACAAAGUGUGAUCAGAAUCUCUUUGGGUGUUAGCCCUUCAUUCCAAAAUGACCUAAACAACCGGAAGACCAAGAUUGAAAUGUUCAUAAAACAAACACAUCCAGGAUGUCAUCAUUGACGCACAUGACUGAAAGUGUGUGUCAGUGUUGUCAACUCAACAAAAUUGGCCAAAAAUAAAAAAAAAAGGACUUACCGCUACUCCACCACUUCUUUCCAUUGAUGACAAAGUUGUCCUCCUCCUGGUGAAGACUGCACUCCAUGUUGGUUGCAUCACUAGAGGCCACAUCAGGCUCUAAGGAUCAGACCAAAAACCUUGAAUAAGGAUUUGUUCUUGAGUUUUUCCCCCAAAUGACAUAAUGUAGUCAAACUGUAGCAGCGUAUAAGUACAAUAAGAAAUCAGGUAUUUCGUGUUAAGUAUAUAACAUAUAAUAUAUGUAUACCAAUACAUCAUGCAUACAAAUACAGUUGUAUCAUUUUCUUCUGUUUCUUUGGGUUUUAAUAAGAGACUCACAAAUACCGUAAUUACAAAUGGACCUGAUAACGUUGCUAAAACACCACCUACUCACACGCUGCAUCUGACUUAUGAAUACAUUACAUCCUAUCCUCAUUAUCCAGCAUAACAUAUCAAGUCAACGUACAAAAGUCAUGAGAUGACAUGUUUGGGAAAGCUUGGGGCAUGACCACUGUCAUCACCUCUGGCCUGCAGCCACUCUUUCCAGCAGAGCAACCAGGGAGAAAUUACUCACAGUGGAUAAAUGGUCAAAAGCAGCAGAAAACAAAGUGUUUCCACAGCAACAGUGUUUGCUUGACUUCCUAUGUAUGUAUGUAUGUAGUAUGUUGCGUGGAGGAGCUGCUUUGAAGUUACCUGUCAUGCAGAAGCACGAGCGCAUCUCUCCUCUCAGCAGAGGUUCCAGCCACAUUUUCUUUUGCUCCUCUGUGCCAAACAUGUGGAGCACCUCCAUGUUUCCUGUGUCUGUGGCCAACACACAGGGAGGACUUCAUCAUCAUCUGUGCUCCAUGAUGACAAAGUAUACACAAAUAUCUCUGAUAUAUUUAUAAAAAUAACAUGGUAACAACGGUACAUGAGUGAUGACAUCAUGUGCCACACAGCAACGAGCUUGCUAGCUCAGGAUGUCCACAGUGUGGAAUUAAGUUUCACCUUCAGAUUGUAAACAUGCAAUUUUCAAAGAUUAUAAAGUGCUGUGAGGGGGUAUUAAGGCCGUUAAUAAGUGAUGAAAGCAGGGCUGAAUGAGCCCAGAUUACUGUAAUUUCACUGACUGUGUUUGUCCAGAGUUUCAAAGUUAGCACUUAACUUAACUUAUCCGGAUGUUUGUGCUUCAUAGAAUUGUGCAGCUUUCCAAAUUGUAUCAUUGCCAGUAUUGUUUAAUGGGAUUGUUAAUGGUGAA